AUGAGCCGAGGCGAGCGCGCCGGGGGCGGCGGCGACGUGCGGAAGGGCAGCCCUGCGGACGGCGGUGGCGGCGGGGGACGACCCGCGAAGACAACCGGGACCCGGGCGGCGAGCGCGCUGUGCCUGCUGCUCUCCGUGGGUUCGGCGGCUGCCUGCCUGCUGCUGGGCGCCCAGGCGGCCGCGCUCCAGGGCCGAGUGGCGGCGCUCGAGGAGGAGCGGGAGCUCCUGCGGCGCGCGGGGCCGCCUGGCGCCCUGGCCGCCUGGGCCGAGCCGCACCUGGAGCGCCUGCUGCGCGAGAAGUUGGACGGACUGGCCAAGCUCCGAACUGUUCGAGAAGCCCCAUCCGAGUGCGUGUGCCCCCCUGGGCCCCCAGGACGGCGUGGCAAGCCCGGAAGACGAGGCGACCCUGGUCCUCCAGGCCAGUCGGGACGAGAUGGCUACCCGGGACCCCUGGGGCUGGACGGCAAGCCUGGACUUCCAGGCCCCAAAGGGGAAAAGGGAGUACCAGGAGACUUCGGCCCCCGGGGAGACCAAGGGCAAGACGGAGCUGCUGGGCCUCCAGGACCCCCAGGGCCCCCUGGGGCCAGGGGCCCCCCUGGAGACACUGGGAAAGACGGCCCCAGGGGGGCUCAAGGUCCAGUGGGUCCCAAAGGAGAGCCCGGCCAGGACGGCGACAUGGGCCCCAAAGGACCCCCAGGGCCCAAGGGCCCACCUGGGACCCAUGGACUCAAGGGGGAUGACGGGACGCCGAGCCAACCUGGGCUGCCUGGACCCCCAGGGCCCAAGGGCGAGCCGGGGAGCAUGGGGCCCCGAGGAGAAAGCGGUGUGGAUGGCGCCCCGGGACCAAAGGGGGAGCCUGGCCAUGGAGGCGCAGACGGAGCCGCAGGGCCCCGGGGUCCACCAGGCCUCAAGGGCGAGCAGGGGGACACCGUGGUGAUCGACUAUGAUGGCAGGAUCCUGGAUUCCCUCAAGGGUCCUCCCGGGCCACAGGGGCCCCCGGGGCCACCAGGGAUGCCCGGAGCCAAGGGUGAGCUUGGCCUGCCCGGUGCUCCCGGAAUCGAUGGAGAGAAGGGUCCAAAAGGAUCGAAAGGAGACCCAGGAGAGCCCGGGCCAGCUGGACCCAAGGGAGAAGCAGGAGAGAUGGGUUUGUCUGGCCUCCCGGGUGCCGAUGGUCUCAAGGGGGAGAAGGGAGAGUCGGCUUCUGACAGCCUCCAGGAGAGCCUGGCCCAGAUCAUAGUGGAGCCAGGGCCACCCGGCCCCCCCGGCCCUCCAGGUCCCAUGGGCCUCCAGGGAGUCCAAGGUCCCAAGGGAUUAGAUGGAGCAAAGGGAGAGAAGGGCGCAUCUGGUGAGAGAGGCCCCAGCGGGCUGCCUGGACCUGUUGGCCCACCAGGCCUGAUUGGGCUGCCGGGAACCAAAGGAGAGAAGGGCAGGCCCGGGGAGCCAGGACUGGAUGGCUUCCCUGGACCCCGAGGAGAGAAAGGUGACAGGAGCGAGCGUGGAGAGAAGGGGGAACGAGGGAUCCCCGGCCGGAAGGGAGUGAAGGGUCAGAAAGGCGAACCCGGACCGCCGGGCCUGGACCAGCCAUGUCCUGUGGGUCCCGAUGGGCUGCCCGUGCCCGGCUGCUGGCAUAAGUGACCCCAGAUCCAGCUCACAACCUGUACAGACCCGUGUGGACAUUUUGAAUUUUUGUAAAAACAAAACAGUAAUAUAUUGCUCUUUUAUGCGAUGCACCACCUGUGGCCUUGUAACAUUCAGAAGUGUCCGACCCAGCCCAGAGCCGUCAGCACCGGAGGCUGGCGAGAGAGGGGACAAGCAAGCACAGGACAGCUGUAUGCUUGGGGGCCACUCCUCCAGGACUCGGCUUUCCUGGCAAGGAGACGAAGGUGGCUGUGCCGGGCUCCCCUGGGCCUUCAGCCACCUGAGCAGCGGGGAGGCUCACUGCUGUCCCACGGCCACGCAGGGGCAGCCGCCGGGAGCCCCGGAGUCCACAAGUCAUGCUGUCCAAGAAGGCCCAGGACUCAACAGCAGCUGCCACUGCUCCUGAACGCAGCCUCCAGCAGCUGCCCCUGGCCCCAAGGAGGAGAGAGUGGAAAGUUACCUGCACGGCUCACUGCCGCCUUGCUUGGUGGGCUCAGGAAGCCGGCCUGCAUCGGGGACAUGGGUCCUCUGGCCACACCUAGAAGCCACACUCUGAUGCAGAACCAGCUGCUGGAGCCCCUUGAUCCUCGACUGGCAGACAGAGGGUUCCAGGGUGGGCCUGGCUGCCGCUUCCUGUCACAUCACCCGGAGCAGGGACAGAUGGGGCUUUUGCAGGGCCCAAGGAGACAGACCUUCAGUCAGAGCUGUGGCCUCACUGGUUCCGAGUGUCCCGCCCAGCCCUGUGGCCUCCCAGCCAGACACCAUCAUUGUGAUGAGUUACGCAAAUGAGCCUCAGGGCUGGCUCCCAGCUGGCCUGAGCAGGGGCCUGCAACCACCGCUGGCAGGUGUCCCAGCUCCCAGCAGCCAGCGCCUCCCUUUCUGUGCCGUCGGAUAGCACUGCAUGUAAUAAACUACCACUGUGUGCUUGGGUGUGCCUGUCCUUGCAGCCUGCCCUGGGUGCCUCGGGCUGAGAUACCAGCCUGGCCAUUACAAGGUGGGGACAGGAGAGGGGACACCCCCAGGCCGCAGAAACCAGAGAAGGGUUGCGGUGUGAAGUUCAGAAGGCACAGACGUGACCAGAUCAGCCAAGUCCUCUGGCACUGGGUCAUUUCUGUCACCAAGCCCCCCACGUGGCCCUCUAUUGUGGUGACCAGGGACUGCUACUUCACAAGUCACCCCAAAACCCAUUGCCACACAACUACCACCAUGCCUGGUUCUUGCUCACGGCCCUGGGGGUCAUGGGCUCAGCGGGGUGCUUCUCGUUCAAGUUCUCUCCAUCUGGUGAUCAAUGCUGGCUGUCAUUUGGGACCUCACAUGGCUGGAACACCUGCCUGGGGCCCCUGCUCAUGGCCUGGCUUCCUUCCUGGUGCAAGUGGGCCAAGCCUCUGACAUCAUACAGGGUCGCAUUCUGCCAGGGUUGGAGGCUCCUCCCGACUCAAGGGGCUGUAGCUAGACCCCGCCUCCCACUGGGAAAAUGUCGACACCCUCCCUUAAGGAGAAGAUAUGGGGUCACAGGUCUUGCGGUUAUUUCAGAAACGCCACGUGCCACCUCAUCCAUAAAAUGGGAGAGCAGCCCUACCCCAGACCCUGACAUGGGACAUCCUUGCUAAGCAGAAGAGGCUGGGGCUGGCGCUGUGGCAUAGCGGGUUAAAGCACAGGCCUGCAACACCAGCAUCCCAUAUGGGCACCAGUUCAAGUCCUGGCUGCUGCACUUCUGAUCUGGCUCCUUGCUAAUGCACCUGGGAAAGCAGCAGAGAAUGGCCCAAGUGCUUGGGCCCUUGCACCCAUGUGGGAGACCCAGAAGAAGCUCCUGGCUCCUGGCUCCUGGCUUCAGAUUGGCUCAGCUCCGGCCAUUGCAGCCAUUUGGGGAGUGAACAGCAGAUGGAAGACCUCUCUGUGUAACUCUUUCAAAUAAGUAAAAUAAAUCUUUAAAAGAAGAAGAGGCCCCGGCCACACACUGGCUAAGGAGGGAAGAAAUGAGGGUGUGUCCAAAAAUUCACAGAAAAUGGAAUUAGAAGGAUAUGUUGAUACAAAACUUUUUAAUCAUAUCUGGAAAAUGCAUAUUAUGCCUGCGUUUCAAAAUCUUUUUUUGCAACAGAAUAA